CCUCCCCCCGUUCAUCCCAUUUGUGGUUCCUUUGUAAAUAUUGGACCAUUUCCCCGUCCUGUCGUUUGGUCUCGUCCUCCUUCCCGGUUGUCAACUCAACACCACACUCUCUGUGCCACUCGUUGAGCCGUUGAUUCCAUUCGUUUGGACGAGAGUUUGAGAUUGUCAGUUGGAUCUCUUCGUGUCUUUCUCGACGACGAGAUAUCACCCUCGUUUCUGGGUUCUGAAGAAACUCCACGCGCUCGAGUGCUGUAACCCACCGGAAUCGAACCACUCGCAUGUCCCUUCCACGCUCUUGAAGCUCUCGCCAAACCUCAAUCCCACUGCGCCAUCCCCCAAAUCCUCAACAUGCACACCUCCAACCUCGCUCCGGCAGCCUUCGCCGCCCUAUCCCUCCUCUUCAACCCCGUCGCCGCCAUCCCCGCGCCCGUUCCCGCCCCAGAGCCAACGCUCAUCGCCCGCGCCGAUGUCAUCGCUCCCACCGCCGCCUGGAUCAGCGUCAACAACAAGGGCGUCCCCACGACCGUCACCCCCGUCCCGACGACAAUCUCCGGCACGGCAACCUACGCCUCCGCCGCGGCCAACGCCCUGACGGGCAGCGUCUUCACCCUGACCGACUGGCACCUCGUCAAGGUCACCACCAGCACGGGCACCCCGCCCGUCGCCACGGCCGACAGCAAGAGCGGCGCGGGGGCCUUUGCGCCAUGCAGUAAUACCAAGGGGGACUUUUCGCCCUUUUGCGAUCCGAAUAAGGGGAGCACGCUUUAUACCGAUGGGACGUACUAUGUAACUUGGGACCCCACCGUCCUCAUCAAAGGCAACAAGACAAACGUCAACGUAAAAAUCCAAGGCAAAUCGGUAAACGGCACAAUAGUAGGCGACAUCGUCCUCAACGCCGACACAGACACCACAAACCCCGCAUCCUACGGCUACUACGCCUGGACAGUCUCCUCAAGCCUCAUCCCCUCAGGCCAAGACAACGCCACAAUCGAGCUCCUCAUGUCCUACACCAUCGACGGCACCGCCCAAACAGCCAUCACGGGUCCGCAGGUCCUCGUCGCCAAGCGGCCGACGUGGCACCCCGAGGCCGCGAAAAUGCCCAAGGGCGCGGAGCUGUAUAUCGCCCUCCCCACGGUGUUUGGAUUCAUCAUCAUUUGUGUCAUUGGCGGGUGUAUCUGGAACCGGAGGACGCGCAAGAUUGGGCUGGGAAAUAUCAUGAGCCGGUCGAGGCACGGGUACGGGGUCGGUAAGUCGCGGGCGCAGAGGCUGGGGGCCAAGGUGAGGCAGAGCGUGUUCCAUGGCGGGCGCAAGGAUCGCGGGAUUCAGUUGAGGCAGAGGGAGAUUAGCCCCGAUGGGUAUGUGUACCGCGACGAGCCGAUGCCGAACCAGCAGCAGCAGCAUACCGGUGCUGGACUCAAUGUCAACAGCGGUGGCUACGGGCAUUCUCGGAGGGAUAGCGAUGCGCUUGGGAGUCUUGCGGGGAGCCCGGUUUCGGCUACGUUCCCGGAUCAUGGGGCUCAGGGUGGUAAUGCUUUCCGGGAGGAGAUGAGGAGACAGGAGAGGGAGAGGUAUUGAGAGGGGUCGUAGACUCCUGAGGCUUGCCAUUGGCCUAUGUUGUCUAGAGGAAGCCGUGGUGUUUUGGUGAAGCCAGAGGGGCAAGUAGGCGAAGGCGAUGAUGGAAAUCAUGAGAAUAAGUGUCACGAUAUAGACGACGCCAGUUUCAGGGAUGAGUUGAUUGGAGCUCAUUUUCACCGUAAUAUGUGACAAUAAUGAAACUCAUGAAGAACUCAAGAUGACUCGCACUAGUGAGCUUGUGAU